AAAAAUUAAACAAAGAAAAUUUCGGCAACAAAGAUGGUUUAAGGUCGCAUGACUGACAUACAUAUUUACAAAUCAUGGUUCAUUAAUCUGCACACAUUAAUCUCUAUGUAAAGGAAACUUGAACACGAAAGCCAUCUACUUUGUCUUUUCCCAGUCCAUUACCACGGUGUCUUCCCAGGUUCAAUGGAUGUGGAGAUGGGUGAAAAAAGGAACAAUGAAGAAAGGCAACAGUACCUACCAUUGUACGAAGCAGCAAAGAAAGGUGUUUGGGAUAUGGCUAGAAUGUUCAUUUCUGAUGUCGAUGAGGAUAUCGCAGUGACUGCGCGGGUUACGGACUCCAAUGAUACAGCUUUGCAUAUAGCCGCAAGCGAAGGGCGGUCAGAGUUUGUUAAGCAACUUGUAAUUCUCAUGACACCAAAACAACUUGAAACAAAGAAUGAUGACGGUGAAACAGCACUUCAAAUUGCUGUUCUUGAUGGAAAUAUUGAAUCAAUUAAAGCAAUGGUGAGAAAAAACGAAAACUUGGUAUGGAUAGAUGACCUACACAAAAGAAUUCCUAUAGUAAACGCUGCUAAGUUUGCUCCACUGAAGGAGAAAAAAGACAUAGUCAACUAUCUUUACAACGUUAUGAGAGGUAAUCCGGAUUAUUCACAUCUCUUCUCUGGUGAUCGAGGGUGUGAAAUAAUUUGUAGUGUAAUUGAGGCUGGUUGCUAUGAUGUUGCAUCGAAUAUCAUCCAAGCAUAUACAGAUUUGGCUCUUUGAAGACCAGAAAGGGGCCCUUGUGCAUUGGAAAUGAUGGCAAGGAGUCCUGAUGCAUUUGUAAGUAACAGCCAGCUUUCAUUUUGGGAUCACCUCAUCUACUCAUGUUUGUAUAGCUUCAUCAAUCUUGUUUGGCUUUUUUAUUCUUUUAAAUUUUAAUUUAUAAGGCUCCUCUUUCACAAAAGACAACUUGGACAUUAAUUUCUACCAUUGGGUCAGACGUAGACUUUCCCAACAUAAUUUGCUUCUUCUCCGGCGGCAGGCACCGGUGUAGGUAACAAAAUAUCGAGGAACUACGAAGCUAUAAAUUUGGUUAAAGACAUUUUGAGCAUAAUGAGCUCUGAAAUGACCAGUUCACAAUAUCUGGAAUUUUUUAAGGGAACAGAUAUCUUAGAAAUUGCAAUUACGACCGGAGCAGUUGAAUUUUUAAUAGUGUUUGCAAACCUUUCCUGGUCUACUUUGGGUUCCAUUGAAUGAACACGGUCAUAAUAUUUUUUCUAAAGCAAUCAUGCGACGACAAGAAAAUAUUUUCAAUCUCGUCUAUCACAUCAAUGGGUUUCAGAAGAAAAUGGCAGCCACAAAUGACAAAUACGGUAACACAUUGUUGCACUUGGCAGCACUACGACAUCUUCCUCGUCUAGCCGGAAAAGACUAUGUAGACCUAAGGAUUUGACGAAGUCUUGGCUCUUGUGUGGCUUUGCAGAUUCAACGAGAUCUUCAAUGGUUUCAGGAAGUGGAAAGUCUUUUACCAUUGGAAUUCAGAACAGCAACCAACAAGGACGGUUGGACUCCUAAAGAAAUUUUUGACCUUCACCACAGCCAACCAAUAGCGGAUGCAGAGAAAUGGACGAAAGAAACAUCUCAAUCGGGAACACUUGUAUCUGCACUCAUUGCCACUGUCGCUUUCGCUUCAACUUUUACUGUACCAUACCAGGAGGCAACUUUUCCGACAGCGGCGAUAUCACUAAGAGAGGCAUCCCAAUUUUCUUGCACGAAACAGCCUUCAUAGUGUUUGAAGCAGCAAAUGCAGUGGCUCUAUUUUCUUCGAUUUCAUCACUUCUUUUGUUCAUAGGUCUCCAAACAUCACAAUUUGAAGACAAUGAUUACCUUAGAUUCAUUCCUAAAAGGUUGAUGAUGGGCUUUACUACUCUUUUCAUCUCUAUAAUCACCAUGAUGGUAGCAUUUUGUGCGACACUUCAUAUCAUACUCGGACCCAGAUUUACAUGGCUUCCUAUUCCUUUUUAUUUAGCUGCUUCAAUCCCAGUGGGUUUACUUAUCUGGUCGUAUCUUUCUUUGUUUGCUAAAAUGGCUGUCUGUACAUAUGGACCCAGCAUCUUUCGUCGACGGCUACAUUGAUCAGUUGGCAUCCGGGUCUCCUUUCUCUUAGACUAGUGGUUUGAUAGCAGGAAUUGCCGGAUUGGGGUAUGCCCCUAAAUUUUGU